GGUGACCCAAGCAAUUGAACUGAAGGCAUUCUGGGAAAACCUACUGUUUAUUGUGAAAAUCAUCUUUGAUCUUGGAAUUAAAAGUAAAGCUGGAAAGUAAUUUACUAACAAGAAAAAGAAGAAGUUUGGAAUUGGACUCACAGGAUCUGGGCUUGGAAAUGCCUCAGCCCAGUGUAAGCGGAAUGGACCCGCUUUUUGGGAAUGCCUUUCGAAGCCACACCUUUUCAGAACAGACUCUGAUGAGCACAGAUCUCUUAGCCAACAGUUCUGAUCCAGAUUUCAUGUAUGAGCUGGAUAGAGAGAUGAACUAUCAACAGAAUCCUAGAGACAACUUCCUUUCUUUGGAAGACUGCAAAGACAUUGAAAAUCUGGAGUCUUUCACAGAUGUCUUGGAUAAUGAGGAUGCUUUAACCUCAAACUGGGAACAGUGGGAUACAUACUAUGAAGACUUAACUAAGUACACCAAACUAACCAGCUGUGACAUCUGGGGGACAAAAGAAGUGGAUUACCUGGGUCUUGAUGACUUUUCUAGCCCUUACCAAGAUGAAGAGGUCAUAAGUAAAACUCCAACCUUGGCCCAGCUUAAUAGUGAGGACUCUCAGUCUGUUUCUGAUUCCCUUUAUUAUCCCGAUUCACUCUUCAGUGUCAAACAAAAUCCCUUGCCCCCUUCAUUCCUUAGUAAAAAGAUCACAAGUAGAGCAGCUGCCCCUGUGUGUUCUUCAAAGACACUUCAGGCUGAGGUCCCAUUGUCAGACUGUGUCCAAAAAGCAGGUAAACCUACUUCAAGCACACAGAUCAUGGUGAAGACCAACAUGUAUCAUAAUGAAAAGGUAAAUUUUCAUGUUGAAUGUAAAGACUAUGUAAAAAAAGCAAGGGUCAAGAUCAACCCUGUGCAACAGGGCCGGCCCUUGCUGAGCCAGGCACACACAGAUGCAGCCAAGGAGAACACUUGCUACUGUGGAGCUGUGGCUAAGAGACAGGAGAGAAGGGGAAUGGAGCCUCGUCAGGGGCAUGGCACCCCUGCUUUGCCUUUCAGAGAAACCCAGGAACUAUUACUUAGUCCUCUGCCCCAGGGUUGUCCUGGGUCAGUUGCCACAGCAGAGAGUGGCAGCCUUUCUGCCAGCACUUCUGUUUCAGAUUCAUCCCAGAAAAAAGAAGAGCACAAUUACUCUCUUUUUGUCUCUGAUGACAUGAGAGAAUACCUGACCAAAUGCAGUCCUGAAGACGAUGAGGAUGACGAAGAUGAUAUUGAUGAUGAAGACCAUGAUGAAGGGUUUGGCAGUGAGCAUGAGCUUUCUGAAAAUGAUGAGGAGGAAGAAGAGGAAGAGGAUUAUGAGGAUGACAGAGAUGACGAUAUUAGCGACACGUUCUCUGAACCAGGUUAUGAAAACGACUCUGUAGAGGACUUGAAGGAGAUGGCUUCUGUGUCUUCUCGGAAGAGAGAAAGAAGAUACUUCUGUGAGUACAGUGAGCAACUUACACCAUCACAGAAAGAGAGGAUUCUGAGGCCAUCUGAGUGGAACCGAGACACCUUGCCAAAUAAUAUGUACCAGAAAAAUGGCUUACAUCAUGGGAAAUAUGCAGUUAAGAAGUCACGGAGAACUGAUGUGGAAGACCUGACUCCAAACCCUAAAAAACUACUCCAGAUUGGUAAUGAAUUAUGAAAGCUGAAUAAGGUGAUUAGUGACCUGACUCCAGUCAGUGAGCUUCCCUUAACAGCCUGGCCAAGGUCAAGGAAAGAGAAAAAUAAGCUGGCUUCCAGAGCUUGCAGGCUAAAGAAGAAAGCUCAGUAUGAAGCUAAUAAAGUGAAGUUGUGGGGCCUCAACACUGAAUACGACAACUUAUUGUUUGUAAUCAAUUCCAUCAAACAAGACAUUGUAAACCGAGUUCAGAAUCCAAGAGAAGAGAGAGGACCCAGCAUGGGGCAGAAACUUGAAAUCCUCAUUAAAGACACACUCGGUCUCCCAGUCGCUGGGCAAACCUCAGAAUUUGUUAACCAAAUGUUAGGGAAGACUGCUGAAGGUAACCCCACUGGAGGCCUUGUAGGACUAAGGAUACCAGCAUCAAAAGUGUAAUCAGCCUCAUGGACCACUGGU